AGUAACUGAAACUUCUCUUUGGAAAAGUCCGCUCAUCUUCGUCCCCUGUUUUCUCUCUCUUUCCCGCUCUCUCUCAUCGAGUUUUGCCAACAAAAACACAUGGUUAAGUUUGAAGGGCAUCAUUCUUUAGUCUUCCUGAGGUUAUCACUUAUCAGUAUUAUUGAAGUGGGACAGCUCAUUGCGUGGACGGGUCACAGAGGGGAUUAAAUUAAUGGGCAAUUGGGUUAUGUGAGGAGAAACAAGCGAGAAACCAGGGGAACUGUCCUACUCGUUUGGAUGAAGAAGGAAACCGAGGAAGCUGCAGAAGAAAGAUUGGCGGUGAAGGCGCAGGGCAAAAAGCGAGACAGACAGACAGACAUCAGCAGCACGAGAAAAGGGUCAACGCCAUCAACAAUGGUCGAGCCUUCCAAAUCUCCAUCGGCAGCUUCAAACAGUAGCGACGGCAGCAGUCUUAACAGUAUCAACGGGACGAAUAGCCAUGAAAGAAGCUGCAACGGCGGCGGGAAGCAGGCGUUGGAUGGGUUUGUUCCGCCGAUAUGGUCUAGUGGAAGCGGCGGCGGCGGCAGCUUCGGCUUCGUCUCGCGCAAUCUGAGGAUCUUGUUGCUGUUCGCCGGACUUGGGGUCUCGUGCUUGCUCCUCUACGGCUCGGCCAACCCUUUUGCCGUGUUCUCCUUGCCCGCUUCCUCCCACCCUACCGGCGCCGGUCCCAAGGUUAAUGGCAGCAUCGACAACUUGGACAGAGUACUAAGGGAGGCGUCCAUGGAGGACAAGACAGUGAUAAUUACGACCCUGAACGACGUGUGGAUCGAGCCAGGCUCGAUAUUCGACAUCUUCCUUGAGAGCUUCAAGAUCGGGAAUGGGACGCGCAAGCUCUUGGACCAUCUCGUGAUUGUCGCGCUCGACCACAAGGCCUACGUCCGAUGCUUGAAGAUGCAUCCGCACUGCUAUGCCCUCGUGACCCAAGGCACCGACUUCUCCGGGGAAGCUGAGUUCAUGUCUGCCGACUAUCUGCAGAUGAUGUGGAGGAGGAUCGAUUUCCUCAGAGUGGUCCUUGAAAAGGGUUAUAGCUUCAUCUUCACGGACACAGAUAUCAUGUGGCUUCGAGAUCCAUUCCCAAGGUUCUAUGCUGAUGCGGAUUUCCAAAUCGCUUGCGAUUACUUCGGUGGGAACCCGUCUGACAGAAACAAUGCGCCGAACGGUGGGUUCACCUACGUGAAAUCGAACAACCAGACCAUCAAGUUUUACAAAUUCUGGUACCGCUCCAGGAAACAGUACCCCGGGAAACAUGACCAGGACGUGCUGAACAAGAUCAAGAUGGACCCUGUCAUCGACGCCAUUGGACUCCGGAUGAAGUUUCUGGACACAGCAUAUUUCGGGGGAUUCUGUCAGGUGAGCAGGGACUUGAAUUUGGUCUGCACGAUGCACGCCAACUGUUGCGUCGGCCUCGACAACAAGAUUCACGAUCUCGCGAUUCUGCUCGAUGAUUGGAGGAAGUACAUGAAGUCACUCCCUAAUGCGAGAAAUCGGUUCCCAUCCUGGAGCGUUCCACAAGACUGCAGGGGGUCCCUCAAGCGGCCGCAUCAACGUCACAAGCAGCACAGUUAACACAGGGAGUCACUGCAUUUUGGAUAUGCACAUUCUAGGAUCC